CACUCACCAUUUUAGACAAAAACAAACCCAUAAAAAUGAAGGUGAGUCGAUUUUUCCAAUAAUCAGACACACCCAACAAAAAACGUGUUCUCCCUAAUAAGCGGAAAAUACUACCCUACAACAGGCACCACAGAAGGUUACAGUGUUUCCUUCUUCUUCGAUUCCAUCACACAGAGUUUGCUGUUACAGAUUGUUUGAAAACAAAAUUCGAAAUCGGAAAUGGGAACCCUCGGAAGAGCUAUAUACAGCGUUGGAUUUUGGAUUCGAGAAACUGGACAAGCCAUCGAUCGCCUCGGUUCCCGCCUCCAGGGCAAUUACUACUUCCAAGAACAGCUGUCUAGGCAUCGAACUCUGAUGAACGUAUUUGAUAAGGCUCCUGUCGUUGAUAAAGAUGCAUUUAUUGCCCCAAGUGCCUCCGUAAUCGGUGAUGUUCACAUUGGCAGAGGAUCAUCUAUUUGGUAUGGAUGUGUCAUGAGAGGUGACGUGAACAACAUUAGUGUUGGAAGCGGAACCAACAUUCAGGAUAACUCCUUGGUGCACGUUGCAAAGUCAAAUUUAAGUGGGAAGGUGUUGCCUACUAUUAUUGGGGAUAAUGUUACUGUAGGUCAUAGUUCGGUUUUACAUGGUUGCACUGUUGAGGAUGAGGCUUUUGUUGGUAUGGGUGCAACACUACUUGAUGGUGUUGUUGUUGAGAAACAUUCCAUGGUUGCUGCUGGUGCUCUUGUGAAACAGAAUUCACGGAUUCCAUCUGGAGAGGUUUGGGCAGGGAAUCCAGCAAAAUUCCUGAGAAAGCUCACUGCUGAAGAGAUAUCAUUUAUCUCCCAGUCAGCUAUCAAUUACAGUAACCUUGCACAGGUCCAUGCAGCUGAAAAUGCCAAGCCUUAUGAUGAAAUUGAGUUUGAGAAGGCUCUCCGAAAGAAGUUUGCGCGGAAAGACGAAGAGUAUGACUCAAUGCUGGGUGUUGUUCGUGAGAUCCCACCAGAACUCAUUCUUCCAGACAAUGUCUUACCUGAUAAACAAGCAAAGGUUUCCACUCAAUAAGAUAUUUAAAGAAAAGCAUCUUCAAUUCCAAUCUUGAAAAAAUGACAUCAAGCAAUAUACUUGUUUUGUUCAAAUUCAUGGAAGAGGGAUUGUUUUUUCUUCCCAAUAAUAACAAACAUGUCCCGGGCUAGGGUAUGACUCCUUUUCAGAUCAAAGAAUCAAUUGUUCUAUAAUAUUUCAAUUUGUUAUCUUCUUUGCAAAAGGGAAGUACCCUUCCUUCGUGUAUGUGGUGGAUCUUUAGUGUUUUGAUGUAUCCAAUGCAUGUGAGUUUCACAUGAAUGUUUGAUUAUUCAAUGAUAUUUAUUUAUGUUUGAGACA